AUGUCGACGAGGCGACGCCGACCGACGGCGUGCUUCGAGUUGCUCGACGUGCCGCGAGCCGCGUUCGCCACGCUCAUCCUUCAGAUACUCGCCAUGCUUCUCCAACUCGCCGCCUAUUUCGUUCUCGAGUCGCGCGCCUAUUUUCUCGUGCCCGCCACGUUUCGUAUGGUGAUCAUUCCGGUGGCGACGAUCUACAUCGGUGGAGCAAUUGUCGCGACAUUCGGCGUCUUGACGCGACGACGCCUUCUCGUCACAAUCCAUUCAACCAUCACCAUCGCGUUAAUGGUGCUCACCGACAUUCUCGCCGUCUCGAUCAUCCUUUUGAUGGCAAUCGGAAAACGAAACGCCUACCUUCAUCAGUUGCCACACAAUUUCAUCAACGAGAAGAAAUUCUACGACGCUCUGGGACCAUUCUGGAUGUAUCUCGGCGCGAUUUCGCUUCACAUCACCGUCGCAAUGAAUAUGGCGUUUUUGCAGCCGUUGAAUGAGUUCGCCGAGUUCGUGCAGAGCGAGUCACAAGUAGCGAAGAGCGCAUUGGCAAGUACCUACACAACAGCAGACAAACUGCAUUGA